GUGCAGGCUCGAGGACUACAAGUCCCAGGCGCGCGGCUGCGUAGCACGCGUUCAAAGUGCACAGUUCGAUUUGUUUUGGUUUAUGCAGAGUGCGCUUUGUCGUAGGGAGCCAAGGUCCACCACGGUAAUUUAUCUCGGUUGUUAGACCUCUGACUCGCCGCCAAACACCAGAGCAACUCCUCCUCCAGGGUUUGUGUCUCGCCACCCCCACCUCCAGGGCCGCGUGCCUUUUGCCUCCGUAAUUUGCCCCCCAGAAGCUAGCCUGCUAGUUAGCCGACAAGCUAACGACUGCCAGAUUCACCCAUGUCCUCUGAAGAAGGCUUGAGUUCAACGAUCACCGAUUGGCUUUUCAUCAAUUCCUGGUGGCUGCUCCUGCCGUUCAUCAUGCUUCUUGUAGUCGCCGCAUUCAUCGUUGCCUUCGUGUUGCUGUUGUACAUGAUAUCGCCUCUUAUUAGCCCCAAACCUUUGAAACUGAACGGGGCCCACGUCGUGGUGACAGGAGGGUCAAGCGGCAUUGGGAAGUGCAUUGCAAUGGAGUGCUACAAGCAAGGAGCUUUCAUCACCCUGGUGGCACGGGAUGAGGCUAAAUUGCUCCAAGCAAAGAAGGAGGUGGAGAAAUGUGCCAUCAAUGAUAAGCAGGUGGUGCUCUGCAUAUCAGUGGACGUUUCAAAGGAUUACGGCCAGGUGGAGAGUGUGAUAAAACAGGCUCAGGAGAAGCUGGGGCCUGUUGAUAUGCUGGUGAACUGUGCCGGAAUGUCCAUUUCUGGAAAGUUUGAAGAGGUGGAGGUGGAUCGCUUCAAAAGGCUGAUGGAGGUGAACUACCUGGGCAGUGUUUACCCAACGCGUGCGGUCAUAACCACCAUGAAGGAGCGAAGAAUGGGCCGCAUCAUGUUUGUGUCAUCCCAGGCAGGCCAGAUUGGCUUGUUUGGCUACACAGCCUACUCCCCGUCCAAGUUUGCCCUUCGUGGCUUAGCAGAGUCACUGCAGAUGGAGAUGAAGCCAUACAAUAUCUAUGUGACGGUGGCCUACCCCCCAGACACCGACACACCAGGACUGGCUGAGGAAAAUAAGACAAAGCCUUUAGAGACCAAGUUAAUCUCCGAGACCUCUGGGGUUUGUCAGCCAGAGCAAGUGGCCAAAAUCGUUGUUCGGGAUGCGGUGCAGGGGAACUUUAACAGCUCUGUGGGUCCUGACGGCUACAUGCUCUCGGCACUCACCUGUGGAAUGUCACCUGUCACCUCCAUCACAGAGGGCCUGCAGCAGAUUGUGACUAUGGGACUGUUUCGGACCAUUGCCCUGUUCUACCUGGGGAGUUUUGACAGCAUUGUGCGUCGCUGCAUGAUUCAGAGAGAGCAGUCGAAAGCGGCCGACAAGAGGGAGUAACAACACGACGACACAGGAACACCCUCACCCACUUCUUCACAGCCCCAGGAGACACAACAUCCCUCUACCACCCCCUCUCCCCUCCUCCUCUCCCUCCACCCCUACAAGUGCACCACCCUGGGUGGGGAAAACAGGUCAGGCCUUGUGUGCACUUGUAAUGUCAGCUAAACAGAUGGGAUGACAGAAAAUGACUGGUGUUUCCUAUUCGCUUUUCCAGUGAUGUAACUCCUCCAUAGACUUUACAGCCGUUUUGAUUUUUUUUUCCUGUCCUCUUAGAGAAUUCCAGUGACUUUUCAGUUUAAUGUGGGCACCUUCCUCUUUUGUGGGGGCAGCCUUACUAAAGGGGGAUGAAGGCAGACUAAACAUCCCGCAGCCUGUUGUUAAAGUAGGCCUUGAGAACAGCUGACACUUAAGAUAUUGGGCCUCCCUGCCUCUACUCGCCCAAUGUUGUUUGUUUUUUACUUACAGAGAAAAGAAAUGGAUAGCCUGUCCGACUGGUUGUGCCAAAUAUGGCCUGAAAUUCCUUCCCACCAGGGGCUAGUGAAAACCAGAAUGGUAACUUUUACCUUUUGUCUUUUUGUUGCAUGCAUCACACAGCUACAUUCACUUUAUAAAACUUUAAUAUUUUCCACCAAAUGAGUCCCCAUCCUUCUCUACCUGUUUAUCAUACAAGUCUUUGCAGGCAAAGCACCUUCCUUCUUCCCUCUUGUCUCAAUGACCUCUGUAUUUGAAACCAGUUGCGACCCUCAGCAGGGAUGUUUAGCUUGUUUCCUGUUUGCUUGCUAAGUCGAGAUGUGAUUUAACAAGACGCUGAUAUGAACGUGAGAGCUUUUUAUUUUUAUUUUAUUUUACUAAUGCAAAAACCUAAUUUGCUUCCACAAAGUUCUAGUCUUCAGCAUUUGCAGGGAGAGGCAGUGUUCAGGCAAGUUAGAAAAUGACUGUGUGUUUGUGUGCGUGUGUGUAUGGGUUGGUGUGUGUUUACAAAUGAUUGCAGGUGUACUAUGACUGAGCCAAGCCCAGGGGAUAGAAAAGCCAUUGGACAUUGAUCUUUAAUGUCUUGGGAGUAAAACACACCAAAUUAUGUUCUCAUUAUCCCAUGAUAUUUUUUUAUUUGAGAGAAGUCAGGAAAGCAUGUGCGGGGUUAAAGCCAUUAAGUCAAAAGGAUGGGGGGGAUAAAUGGCAGGUAAUGUCACCUUUCACCUGUGAACUUUACUUGGUUCACUACACGUUCUGUCUCUGCUUACAUUAGAUGUGUAGAGGGAGGCAUAUCAGCUUGUACAUGCGUUUGGUUUUAUGUGUCUGCGCACAUAUUUAGCCACCUCAGUCAAGAUCCAAAUGGGAUCCAUAUUUUGAUGGGGUGGUGUCAGUCAGGGCAAGGUGAGGGAUGUCGCUCGCUGGUUCGAGCAAUGUCUGUGUAGGCCUAGUGGGGGCACUAGAGAUUUGUUUUACCUUAGGGCCAAAAGAGCAGAGGGACCAACAUCUUUGUGUGCAGGGGAACAGUAGUCCCUGUCCCUGAUUUUGACCUGGUGUGACCCUGUCAUAUACAGUCGGGAAUUCAUACCUCCCUGAAUGGGAAUGCCAGUUCCCUCCUGAUGUCCUUCCAGCCUUGGAAAAUUUCACAUUUACCACAUGACCUUCUCAGUGUUUUUGCUUUUAGAGGGA